GUUAGCGCGCGGUGAUGAGAUCACUCGCGAAUGUCUGACUUAACGAGGCAGACCAGCCCGAGUCGGAUAUCCCAUUCCCCAUGAGCCUGGAGAAUGCUGUGACGGCCCCGAUGUCUACGUUGAACGCAGACGAGGCCCUUGCUGUGGUCAUCAACUAUCGAAGCUCUCUGGCAGCUCUCGUGUGGGUGUUAUACGAUAUUUGUAUCACAUUCGACCAGGAAGUUGCGCUGAUCUGGCCAAAACCAUGGUCGCGCAUGAAAUUCUUGUAUCUGUUCAUCCGAUACGUGCCCGUCUCUAUCCAGCUCUCGAUUGUGAUCCCCAGCUCGCCAGAACUGGUAUCUACUCUGCAUCUCACUCCUCACGCUUGCUAUGUGUGGAAGAUGUACCAAGGCCUCGCGACAAUCAUGACGUUCGCUGCGGUAGACUUCGUGCUGAUUCUGAGAGGUGAUUACAGCUCCCAUUCACGCGCUCAACUUGCAUCUGAUUUGGUUGGCACUCUGCUGAUAUUCCAAACGGUUCUGUUCGUGCUGACCGCCAUCCGUUUCGUGCAUGCCGUACGGCAAGGCUGGGGAGACAGUCCCCUUGUCGAACUCGUCAUGCGAGAUGGGGCUUGGGCCUUUGCGGUGUUGUUCGCUAUCAUUGCCAGUGUGUCCGGGCUGUAUAUAUCGAGAAGCCCACUUGCUGAACCUGUUUUCGGUUGGUUACUGUUGGUCUAUGCGUUUUGUGUAAGAAUCAUUCACCCUCUUCGCGGCGUGUGGGCUAGACUCGAGUUCCAGGGAUACCGCGUUCUGCUCAAUUUGGAGCGGCUCGCGGCACCGAGGAUGUAUGACAACCGAACUGUUUCGGAGGAUCGGAGAAUGCAAUUCACGACAAGACUGACCAGCCGAUGUACCGCAGAUGACACGGUGUCUGCGGAUGCAUACGGGCUGCAUUCGAUCUGA